UCAGGGUUCCUGCAGUCUCAUAGGGCAGUGAGAGGAGAAAAAAAACUCCACCUACAAGCUUUAACCAGUGCUCUGCUGGACACUGAUAUAAGUUACAACACUGCUCUAGCUGCUCAUAAGAAAAUAUAUUUAGCAAUUUAUAUUUACGAGAAUAACUGCAUUUCCAUGUUCUGUGUACUGUGGGAGACCAGAUAUAGUGAAUGCAGGGUCCUGGGUUUAGUAACACUUUAAGGUGUAGUGACUCACACACUACUGCAGGGAUGGGACUAUUGCUUCCUAUUUUCCAUUGCUUCUCCAGGCAGAGGGGC